AUGCGGAAUUUGUUAGCUGAUUUCAUUUGGAUACUAUGGCUGUUCUGCGGUUUGUCAGACGCCAUUAAGUGCUAUUCAUGUGCAAACGAGUUUAUCGUUUGGCAAUGGCGACAUCUAUUUCUGAAACGAAACUACGAAGUAACUGCCAGUGAUUCUGAAUGCGUUCUCAAAGAUUUCAAGCCAGAGUCUUUUCAACCCUGUCAUUCAAGCUGUUUUAUUCUUCUCAUCAAUGGGACGGACAGAGAGACGGGAUAUACGAAAAACCUCGGAGUUGGCCGUGGUUGCUCGUCACAUUUCUUAACUGAUGAUCAGCAUAUGCAUCUAGGCUUGGGUACCAACUCGAAAAUUUCCGAAAUCGGGGAAUAUCUACCUCAUGACUUUGAUAAAAUGGAGAUUACGGAACAUUGGUGCUUCUGUGCAACAGACAAAUGCAACUCACACAAAUGCUUCUCAAGUCCUUUUGGUUCUUAUGAUUAUGCAAAUUCUUAUAUAGCUAAACGUUUACAAUAUUCUUCAUAUAGCAGUAACGGAUGGAGAUAUCGAAAUACAGGUUAUCAACUGACACUCAUGAGUCAGUUCAUUGUGAUUCUUUCAUUAUUGUAUUUGUAA